AUGAGCAGCACUGGUGCUGGCUACGACUACUCUGCAGGCACGUUCUCGCCCGAAGGUCGCAUCUUCCAGGUCGAGUACGCCAAGAAGGCCGUCGAGAACAGCGGUACCACAAUCGGCAUCAAGUGCACGGAUGGUGUUAUCAUGGGCGUCGAGAAGACGCUACUGAGCAAGAUGCUGGUACCAGGUACCCACCGUCGGGUGUACGCUAUCGACCGCCACGUGGGUCUGUCUAUGGCAGGACUUGUGGCUGAUGGCCGCCAGCUCGUCAAUCGCGCGCGUGAAGAGGCACUUAACUACAAGAAGAACUAUGGCUGCAGCAUCCCGCCGCAUCUGUUGGCGGAACGUAUGGGACAGUUCGUGCACUACUACACGCUGUAUGGCUCCAUUCGGCCGUUUGGCACAGCAAUUAUGCUUGCUGGCUACGACCACGACACGGACAAGACCAGUUUGUACAUGGUCGAGCCCUCGGGAGUCACUUACAGCUACCGCGGCUGUGCAUUGGGCAAGGGCCAGCAGUCGGCCAAGACAGAGAUCGAAAAGUACAAGCUUUUUGACAUGACGUGCCGUGAAGCUAUGAAAUACGUGGCCAAGAUCCUCAAUACGCUGCACGACGAAGUGCGCCAUCCGUUUGAGCUGGAACUGAGCUGGAUCUGCAAGGAGACGAACUGGCAGCACAGCCUUGUGCCGGACAGCUUGCGCGAUGAGGUGAACGAGUGGGCAGUCCAGUCUAUCAAGGACGACGAAAUGGCCGACGACGACGAUGAUGAUGACGACGAGUAA